AUGGGGCCGGCGAGACGGGUCGUCUCGGCGCCGCGCGCGUUGGAGAUCCCGAGAAGGGACGUGGGGCGACGCGCGGUGCAGGAUAGCGCGCGAGACGUCGCGGGCAGGCGGUUGAGGAGGCGGGACGACGUCGGAACCGCGACGCGGCGUUCGUGGACGCGCGAGAGCGAGGAUGAGACUUUGCGUCGACUCUUGCGCAUCGCGGGAUUGGCGGAGGAGCUCACGGGGGCGGAGGCGCGACGACGGGGGGGCGCUUCGGUGAACGCGAGAGACGCGAGAGACGCGAGAGACGCGAGAGACGCGUUCGACGAGGUCAAGGAAGCGGUUGAGUUUUUGAGUUCUCCUCGAAAGUCGUCCCCGCGCGCGCCAAAAGCGCGUUUGUAA